AUUUGUGAGACGGCACUCCUCAGUUGUCCAAUCAGGUUGCUUCUUUCCGCAUGACGCGACUUUACUGCUGCAGCUUGUCACACGUAGCUGUGAGUAAAGCUGCUGCUGAGAGAAAGUGCAGAAACUGAGCUUCAGACAGAGAAAUAAAGGAGUUGGGCAGGAUGGGUCGAGGCUACACUGCAGAGGAGUGUGUGGAGAAGUACCUCACCAGCCUCUCAGCCGCUGCUGGAUCCUGUGUAACUGGACUUUUGAUUGGCCAGUCGUCGGCACAGAAGGACUUUGUGGUGCUGGCGGUGAAAACCCCUCACAGAGAGAGCGAGGGGAGCCCGGGGGGCCGGAGGGUUUCCAGCCCACUGGAUGAUAUUGAUGAGGAGUGGGUGGCUGAGCACGCCCGGCAGGUUUCUCGGAUGUUGCCCGGAGGUGUGAGUGUCCUCGGCUUGUUUCUGAUCACUCCUCCUGAUCUGUCCAAAGAAGCACAGAACACGCUCAAAAAGCUCAUCUUUGCAGUGGAUAAGUACAUAUGUAAGAGCAGACUGUGGGAUCUGUCGGAGGAUGAUGUAACUGACCGCGUCACACUGCACAUCUGCUCCAAAACACGGAAAGCUGUCUGUAAAACCUUUGAUGUGAAAGAUCCCAAGUGUUCUGCAAAGCCUGCAGACUGGAGGUAUCAGUCUGGCAUCUCGUUCUCUUGGCCCGUGCUGAACUGCUCUGUCAGAGUGGACCUGCAGAUCCCUGUGACGGACUCUUCAUCAGAGAAGUGUAUAAAGGAUGGACUGAGGAGGUGGGCUAAGCAGAUUGAAGCUGGCCUUUGUCUCAUCAAUGGCAGACAGACAUCAGAUGACUCGGAGCUGCUGUCAGGAUCGAGAAAGAACGUGAAGACAAGUCAGCAGCUGACAUUUCGAGCACAGAUCCUGGUUUCUGAGGAGGAUCCGGGGGCGGGGCAGAGGUGCAGUGCUGUGGUUCAGGCCUGCAGCAGGUCAGUGUCUGUGAGAGGAACCGUUCACUGCAGAGCGUACAUCCACAGCAACAAACCCAGGACCAGACACGCAGCACAGGCUAUUAAGAGGGAUGUAGUAGAUACAGUUUCAAAUCGAGUGGAGAUGCUUCUGGAGGAUCUGCUGCUGAAUGAAGGAGGCAAUGACAGUGAGCAGCAGGACCUUCCCCGCAGAGUGUUUGCCCCGCUGUCCGGCUCAGGCCUCACUGUGUGCGACUACAUGUUCCCGGACGAGACUCCAGCAGACGUAGCUGAGCGUUUUAAAGAGCUGCUGGACUGGGAUUCAGCAGAGGGCGACAUAGACACCAGCAUGGAGGCUCCAGCAUGUCGCUCUGCGCCUGUUUUGGAAGCGGAGGACAGAUGUGGUGAUGAAGCCUCUCAGCCAGUUCCACCAGUAUCCCCCACUGAACCAGUGAAAAAGCAGAACUCUACACAAUACUACGCUGGUGUGGCAGUGGCAGCAGCCGUCGCCCUUCUCGCCACAGCUACUUCCCUUCUGUAUCUCAAUGAGUAACCAUAAGAAGACACACACACACACACACACACACACACACAGAGAUAAAACAUUCACUGAAUCAUAAAUAGCUCUUUGCUCCCUAUGUAGUGCAUUUUAUCAAUUUUAAAAUAUUGUAAUUGAUUACAUAAAAAGUCUUUAAACCAUUUCAGCUCUGUUUACUCUGUUUAUCACUAAGAUGUACCAAAGCUAGUACGGUCCAGAUUAACCCUCAAGCAGCUGCUAGAGAGUCCAUACACACCGAUCAUACACAGCAUUAAAAUAAUAUAAAAUAUUGUUUUCUUUCCUUUUCAUUUCUAAUUUUUCCCAUUUUCUCCCCAAUUUACACGGCCAAUUAUCCAACCCACUCAUUAGGACUCCCCCUAUCACUAGUGAUGCCCUAACACACCAGGAGGGUGAAGACUAACACAUGCUUCCUCCGAUACUUGUGAAGUCAGACACCGCUUCUUUUCGAGCUGCUGCUGAUGCAGCAUUGCUGAGCAGUAUCACAGCGCGCUUGGAGGAAAGCGCAGCGGCUUGGCUCUGAUUCAUCAGCUCACAGACGUCCUGUGCUGCAGACAUCACCGUAGGAGUGAUGUGGGGAGAGAGCGCCAUCUACCCACCCGGAGGGAGCAGGGUCCAAUUGUGCUCCCUCUAAGCGCCGGCAGCUUGAUGGCAAAGCUGCAUGAGCGGGGGUUUGAACCUGCGACCUCCUGCUCAUAGUGGCAGCGCUUUAGACCGCUGGACCACUUGGCGCCAUAAAAUACUGUUUUAAGCGCUAUUUCGACUCAAUCCUGACCUUAAAAUGACUGUAAAUGUAAUAAGAGCGCUGAUUAACACUCAAUAUAAAUACUGGCACUACAGAGACCAGCUCGUCUACCUACACUAACCGUCACUAACACUAGCUGUUUGGCUGUAAAGACUUUUAAAAUAACUUUUUACACAGUGUUGCAGAAUUAAAUUGUCCAACAGCACAUUAAUCACCACAUGAUCAAUAAGUAAGUGGUGAUAAGAGUAUUAUUGAUUAUCUAUCUAGUUAACUAUCCGACAGCUCAGCUUUAACUACUCAACUACUUAAUGUAAUGUAGACAACCAGUCUGUUCCAGCCAGGCCGCCUGUCAAUCACUUCUUCAUUUCUAAGAGUAGCCCCGCCUUCUAAUGAUAAAACAGCAGAGGGAAUAAAAAUGUGGUUUUAUUGGCACAGUGAAAACUAACUGUUAGAAAUGUUCGCUGACUCCACUUUUGAGAGACUUUGCUUUUCAUGUUUUUUACACAAUAACCGGUUCAGGUCAGUACUGAAUAUGUUGUGGAAACCCUGAAAUAAACAUUGAAUUUUAAAUUGGCCUUCUAAUUAAAAGUAAAAAAUUGAAAAAAAUAAAUAAAUAAAAAUAAAAAAGUAUUAUAUAUAAUGUAUGUGACAUAUUGUUAAAUUUUGGAUAGCCAGACAGUCAGUAAACUACAAAGCUUGUAUGGCUCUAUUUGAGAUGAAGUCCUGAUGAUGUGCUGAUGGUUUUAAUUGGUUAGCAGUUUAAUAUUUGGCUAUAUUCCAGCCAGGAGGAUUUUUCUCAUGGAUUGAGUUUAAACCGGUUGUCUCUGAGCUGUGGGCUCUUGCGUAAUUCUCACCUAAUUGGAGUAUUUAUACUCUGCUGCUUUCCGGAAUCCUCACCACAUGAUUCUUUCCCUCCCACUCAGAGAUGAUGUACAUAAUUGCGCUCGGCUCAAAUAAAUAAAAAGUUACAAAUGA